AUGAGAUUGUCUUACCGCAUCGGGGCGGCCGCCCUCCUUGUCACGCUCAUCUUCCUCCUGGGCCGUCUCCUCAACGUCGGUCCCCAGGUCCCACGCCCGCGGACGCCCUGGGUCUUCAAUGUCGGCGGCAGACCAGAUCCUGCCGAACUUGCUUCAUGGAAGUCGCGAUGGUCGACAGCAGAGUCUGGUGUUAGCCCGCAGACCUACGAUUCGACACCAAUCAUCGUCCCCAAUGACCGGAUCAUCGUGAUGGCUAAAUUGGCCGCGGAGGACACGAAUUGGGUCAGCGCCGAUCUCGCCGAUUGGCGGAACUACAUCUACGUCGUCGACGACCCGAACGCGCCGCGCCACACUCCCAUGAACAAAGGCCGCGAGGCCCUCGCCUACCUCCAGUACAUCGUUGAGCACUACGAUGACCUCCCCUCCACGAUGGUCUUUAUCCAUAGCCACCGCGACGGGUGGCCCGGCGCCUGGCACACGGACACAAUGGACUACAGCAACGUGGAAUCGGUGCGCUCGCUGCAAAUCGACUUUGUGCAGCGCAACGGCUACGCCAACCUCCGGUGCCAGGAAACCCCCGGCUGCCCCGACGAAAUCAGACCGACCCGCGAUCCUCCACGCGAGGGGAAGAACGUCGAGAAGUACUACGCGGACGCUUGGAAGGCGCUGUUUAAAAACACCAACGUCCCCGAGGUCAUUGGAGCCCCGUGCUGCUCGCAGUUCGCGGUCUCCCGCGACCAAGUCCUCAAGCGGCCGCUGAGCGAUUACCAGCGGUACUACAACUGGGUGCUUGAGAAUGACCUUCCGGACGAUAUGACUUCGGGAGUGAUGGAGUACACAUGGCAUAUUAUUUUUGGACAGGAGCCUGUUUACUGCCCCGACGUUUUCCAGUGUUACCAGGACGUCUACGGCAACCCCUACUUCUGGUGA